AUGUCCCUGUUGUCAAUUACUCUUCGAAUUGCCGCCAUUUUCCUGAGAGCAUUGGCAAGGUUCCAGGGACGCAUCACUUCUCAUCCCGACGAGAUAAUCUUCAUUAAAUCUAGAGGUCGAAACUCCAUCAAGAUUCAUGUCUAUAGACCUCCAGCUACGAACACAUUAAAAGCACCCUCUCCCGUCCUUCUCAACUUUCAUGGAAGUGGAUUCGUGAUUCCUGCCCACGGCAGCGACGAUGAAUUUUGUCGUCAAAUGUGUCAACAGACGGGCUUUACCGUCCUUGACGUGCAAUAUCGUCUCUCUCCCGAGAACCCCUUUCCAGCAGCAUUAAACGACACCGAAGAUGCCGCCAAAUGGGUCUUAGAGCAACCGGAAAUCUUUGAUCUCUCAAGAAUCGCUACCUCCGGCUUUAGUGCAGUCGAGGCUUUAGUUAAUCCCGGCAUCGUAGCCGCGCCUGAUCCAAAUGCUCGACCUAUUCCGUCAUUUAUAUUGCGGUUUUUCGCUAAGUGCUAUGUGCCACCCGGUCACGAUCCCAAGGACCCCCGCAUCUCGCCUGCUUACGCGGAUAUUGACCGUUUUCCUCGCCGGGUCUUGAUAGUGACGGCAUGA